AUGUAUCAAUUCUUCCCCUCCUCCUUCUUCAACUUCGAGUUCACGCGAAUCCUCGGCACAAUCUCCUUUGGGGGCGCCGAGCUCGCCGAAUGCCUCGACGCAGCCGUGCAAAUCGCCAACGAUGACCCAGAGAGCUGGUACUGGGGCUGGCUCAUCCAGGCCGAGAAGGCGCACGCGAUAGCCUUAGAGGCCACGAAGCACGGCGAUCGCAUUGCCGCGCGCGACGCCUUCCUGCGCGCCGCCAACUACUUCCGCGCCAGCCAAUACAUGUUCAAUGACAGACCGGGGAGCCCGGAUGCGCGCGUACGAGCGCUUUUCACGCGGAGCGUCAAUGCGUUUCAUCGGGCGAUUCCGAUGCUCGGGCACCGCACACGCGUUCUGGAGAUCCCGUACUCCGGCGGAGGGCAAUUGCCGGGGUAUAUGUUUUUGCCGGGCCAGGGACAUGAGAUGACGACGAUUCGGAAGGGUAAGGGGCUUCUUCCUGUGGUUGUGUGUGUCAAUGGAGCGGAUUCGACCUCUGAGGAGCUGUACCUGCUCUACGGGGCGAGCGGAUGCCAGCACGGAUAUGCGGUUCUGGUGUUCGAUGGACCCGGGCAGGGCGCGAGUUUGCGCGAAGGGAGGAGUGAAAUGCGCCCGGACUGGGAGGAGGUGAUGGCCUCUGUGCUGGAUUACGUGGAGAAGCUGGCGAAGGAGCAGCCCGAGUUGUUGUUGGACGUGUCGCGGAUUGCCCUGGCCGGGGUUUCCAUGGGGGCGUACUAUGCGCUGCGAGGAGCGGUGGAUGCUCGCGUGUCGGCGUGCGUCGCCGUGGAUCCUUUCUACGAUAUGUUCGACCUGGCGACGUCGCGCAUGCCGGUGUGGUUUAUUCGGGCGUGGCUGGCGGGCUGGAUCACGGAUGGGAUGUUCGAUGCGACGUGGCGGGUGUUGUCACGGUGGAAUUUCCAGCUCAAGUGGGAGCUGACUCAUGUUAUGUGGAUUUUUGGGAAGGAGACGCCGGCCGAGGCGAUGCGCGAGAUGCAGAGGUAUUCGUUAAAGGGUGAUGAGGGAUCCGGGAAUUAUCUUCGUCAGGUGAAGUGUGCGGUGAUGAUUAGUGGAGCAGCGCAGACGAUUUACACUGCGCCGGAGAUUAGUACGUUGAGGAUCGAGCAGGCGUUGGAUCAUUUGCCGGAGGAGAAACGGCAUGUUUGGAUUGCGAAGGAGGCAGGAGAUGGUGGGCUGCAAGGGAAGGUCGGUGCGUGGCGUCUUCUUCAGCAGCGUUUGUUCCAGUUCUUGGAUGAGCAGUGGGAUGUUAAACGGAGUAUUGAAGUUAUACAGGGUUAG